UUUUACUUCCGGGGUCUAGAAUGAAGCUCUGCAUUUAUCUUCCACAUUUCAAAGUCCAGCUGUUGGUCGUUCUUUUUUACCGCAGCUGCAAUUCUGCGGGUCUUUGAGUGCUCGUUUCAUGAUGUAUCACCUGCCUGUGCUGAAGAAUAGGCGCACUCUCCUCGAGAGAGCAGAGAAAUUUGUCUCGGAUGUUUAUUUCACAGACUGCAACCUGAGAGGGCGGCUUUAUGGAGACUCUUGUCCCCUUGAAUCGAUUGGCUUUUUCCUCUCCGCUAAACGGAUCACAUUCACCGAAGCUUCCAAACAGAGCUUUGACCCGUAUGAAGUUGGCAGUACCUUUGGACCGACGUGGUGGACUUGCUGGUUUAAAGUCACUCUAAAAAUCCCUGAGUCCUGGAGAGAGAAAGAAGUUCAUCUUCUGUGGGAAAGUGAUGGAGAAGCAAUGGUUUGGAGAGAUGGGCAGCCAGUUCAGGGCCUGACUAAGGAGGGUGAAAAGACGAGCUACAUUCUGUCUGACUGUCUGAAAGAUGAGGAGCCGCACAGUCUCACCCUGUUUGUGGAAAUGGCCUGUAAUGGGCUUUUUGGAGCUGGUCAAGGAUCUAUGAUUGCAGCUCCAGAUCCAAACCGGAAGUUUUCCGUACAGAAAGCUGAGCUUGUUACAUUCAGUAGGGAUGUAAGAGUGCUGCUGACAGACUUUGAGAUGCUUGUGGACAUUGUAAAGGAGCUUGGAGAGGAAGAUCAGCGAGGCUACCAGGCACUCUUCACUGUCAAUGAGAUGGUGAACCUCUGCGACCCCUGUGACCCCAGCUCUUUCGCUAAAGUACAUAAUCUGGCAAACACCUUCUUCAGCCAGCGAAACGGAGACAGCCAGCAUACUGUCUAUGCAAUGGGUCACUGCCACAUAGACUCAGCCUGGCUGUGGCCCUAUGAGGAGACCAUACGCAAAUGUGGCCGAAGUUGGGUGACAGUGAUCCGUUUAAUGGAGAAGAACCCAGAGUUUGUCUUUACUUGCUCUCAGGCCCAGCAAUUUGAGUGGGUAAAGAGCUGGUACCCAGGACUCUUCUCCUCUAUUCAGCAGUAUGUGAAGAAAGGCCAAUUCAUUCCAGUUGGCGGGACAUGGGUGGAAAUGGAUGGAAAUCUGCCUUCAGGUGAGUCCAUGGUCCGACAGUUCCUGCAGGGCCAGCGCUUCUUUAACAAAGAGUUUGGGAUGCAAUGCAAAGAGUUCUGGCUUCCUGAUACGUUUGGUUACUCUGCUCAACUUCCGCAAAUAAUGCAGGGCUGUGGCAUUUCCAGCUUUUUGACACAGAAACUAAGCUGGAAUUUAGUCAACACCUUUCCUCACAACACAUUUUUCUGGGAGGGCCUGGAUGGCUCCAAAGUUUUAACUCACUUCCCGCCUGGAAACUCCUAUGGAAUGAUGGGCAAGAUUGAAGAUCUCGUAAAUACAGUGAAGAAUAACAAAGACAAGGGAAGAGCCAAUCACAGCGCGGUACUCUUUGGUUUUGGCGAUGGUGGCGGUGGACCUACACAGCUGAUGCUAGACAGACUGCGCCUUGUUGAGGAUACAAAUGGACUUCCUAAGGUCCAGAUGUCCACUCCCGACAAGCUUUUCACUCAACUGCAGGCUGACUCUGCCCUGCUGUGCACGUGGACUGGAGAGCUCUUCCUGGAGAUGCACAAUGGAACGUACACCACACAGGCACAGAUAAAACGAGGAAACCGCCAGUGUGAGACGUUGCUUCAUGAUAUUGAGAUAGCCAGCAGCUUGGCGCUGUGCCAUGGCAAGGCCUUUCCGUACCCUGCAGAGAAACUGCAGGAGCUCUGGAGGCUGCUUCUUCUAAACCAGUUUCACGAUGUGAUUCCUGGCAGCUGUAUAGAGAUGGUGGUGGAGGAUGCUCUGAAAUAUUACGAAGAUAUCCGCAGUUCUGGUGCCGUACUUCUGCGCAAGGCAUGCGAAACCUUGGUGCCAAACGGCAGCUCCGUGGCCGUUUUCAAUUCUCUGCCUUGGGAGCGUCUGGAAGUCAUCCAGACUCAAGAUGGAUCUGACAAAGCUGGCCUCGCUUUGGUGAGAGCUUCCAGCAUCGGCGUGUCUCCUGUGGAAGACACACCGCCAGUGACUCCAGUCUCUGUUACUGUUCAGGCUGAUGGUACCGUCCUCAUGGAAAACGGACUUUUAAAGACAGUCAUAAAUAAAAAUGGCACUUUGGCAUCACUGUAUUUGAUCAGUGCAAACAGGGAAAGUGUGUCUGACGGCUGCUGUGGGAACCAGUUUGUCAUGUUUGAUGAUGUCCCCUUGUACUGGGAUGCAUGGGAUGUAAUGGACUACCAUCUCCAGACAAGGAAACCGGUGGUGGAGGUGGUGCAGCCAGUUCGUGUGGUGUCCUCAGGUGGACUUCGGGGCAGUGUCAGCUUCACCCUGAGGAUCAGUGAUAAAAGCACAGUCACACAGGAGAUUGUCGUGGAUGCCAUGUGUCCUUACAUCAAGUUCAACACAGAGGUGAAGUGGGCAGAGUCACACAAGUUUCUCAAGGUUGAAUUUCCUGUGCGAGUGCGCAGCCCCAAUGCUACAUAUGAGAUCCAGUUUGGCCACCUGCAGAGACCCACUCAUCGAAACACUUCGUGGGACUGGGCUCGAUACGAGGUUUGGGGUCACAAAUGGGCCGAUUUGUCGGAGCACAAUUUUGGGGUCUCGCUGCUGAAUGACUGCAAAUAUGGCUACUCUGUACACAAGAACACAAUGACCCUGUCCCUACUAAGAGCACCUAAGGCUCCAGAUGCCACCGCUGAUAUGGGGACGCAUCACUUCACAUAUGCAAUCAUGCCACACACAGGAUCCUUCCAAGAAGCCUCUGUCAUCCAGUGUGCCUACAACCUCAAUUUCCCUCUGAGGUUACUCCAGUGCAGUCCUGAAACUGUGCCCUGGAGUGCCUUUUCUGUUAGCUCUCAAGCUGUCAUACUUGAGACAGUUAAGCAGGCAGAGGACAAAGGUGGGGCACUAGUGGUCCGCCUUUACGAGUCAUUUGGAAGCAGCGUGACUGCAACCCUGAGCACCACACUUCCAGUCAGGGAAGCUUGGCUUUGUGACCUCCUGGAAAAGCAAGACCCCAGCCAUCCAUUACAGGUCACAUCAAAGGGAAUCGCUCUGGACUUCAGCCCCUUUCAGAUUGUGUCACUUUUACUGAUCAUGUGAUAACAUGUGAUUUCACCCUUAGGGAAGUAGAACACUGAUAAAUACUUUGGUUAGAUAAUACAAAAUAGUUACUCAUUACAAUGAAAAGGGGUGCUGUUUGAGGAUACUUCAUAAUAAUGAUACUGAUUUAAAGUCCUGCAAAAGUAAU